CAGGACCAGGAAGUGACACAGGCGGCUAACUGGCUAGCUCAGGGCUAGUGAGUAAAAAUGAAUCUACAUUUAAAAAAUAGUUAUGUGUAUUUUCCGUAUCAAGACUGACAUUUUGUCCACGGUAAGGUAGUUCGGACUAGGAGCACUACCUGCUUUAAUCACUAGUGAGGUGCCAACCACACAAGGAAUUUACAAUGGGCCAACGAAGGAGAGCGGCAGCUGUGAAUAACCCCUCGUCUCAGAGAGUCUCUGGAGCUCGUGCAGAUGUUGCCAGGGUCCCCAGCAGGAAGCACAGCAUCUGCAUGGUGUCUGACUUCUUCUAUCCAAAUAUGGGCGGAGUAGAAAGUCACAUUUACCAGCUUUCCCAGUGUUUGAUUGAAAAGGGACACAAGGUGGUGAUAGUCACCCAUGCCUAUGGCAGGAGGAAGGGUGUCAGGUACCUGACUAAUGGACUGAAGGUCUACUACCUCCCCCUGCAGGUGAUGUACAACCAGUCCACAGCCACCACCUGCUUCCACAGUCUCCCACUUCUGCGCUGUGUGUUUGUAAGGGAACGUAUCACUGUGGUUCAUGCACACAGCUCGUUCUCUGCCAUGGGCCAUGACGCACUGUUCCAUGCUAAGACCAUGGGCCUUAACACGGUGUUCACUGACCACUCACUCUUUGGCUUUGCUGAUGUGAGCUCUGUGCUGACCAACAAGCUUCUGACUGUGACGCUGUGUGACACCAACCACAUUGUGUGUGUGUCAUACACCAGUAAGGAGAACACAGUGCUCCGUGCGGCACUCAACCCAGAGAUAGUGUCUGUUAUUCCCAACGCUGUUGACCCGACGGACUUCACCCCUGACCCCUCCCAGCGCCAAGACGACAGGAUCACUAUUGUUGUGGUCAGCCGUCUUGUCUACCGCAAAGGAAUUGACCUUCUUGGUGGAAUAAUCCCAGAGCUCUGCCUCAAACAUCCAGAUCUAAAUUUCAUUAUUGGUGGAGAGGGGCCGAAGAGAAUUGUGCUGGAGGAAGUGCGAGAGAAAUACCAACUACAUGACAGGGUGCGUCUGCUGGGAGCUUUGGAGCAUAAAGAUGUUCGUAGAGUUCUGGUGCAGGGUCACAUCUUCCUCAACACAUCUCUGACCGAAGCGUUCUGCAUGGCUAUCGUAGAAGGAGCCAGCUGUGGACUGCAGGUGGUUAGUACUCGUGUGGGGGGCAUUCCUGAGGUGUUACCUGAGGACUUGAUAACCCUGUGUGAACCUACCGUGCGGUCGUUGUGUGCUGGUCUGGAGACGGUCAUUGCCCGGCAGCGUUCAGGGUCCGUCCCAUCACCUGCCUCUAUCCAUGCUUCUGUGCAAAAUCUCUACACCUGGAGAAACGUUGCCGAGAGGACGGAAAAAGUGUAUGACCGAGUGGCUGGAGAGGAGGUGCUUCCCCUGGACAGACGCUUACGGAGACUGAGGGCUCACUGUGGCCCCGUGGCUGGUUCUAUCUUUGCAUUUGUAGCUGUUUUGGACUUCCUCUUUGUGCUGCUUCUGCAGUGGUUGGUGCCAGAUCGGGUCAUGGACGUCGCUGUGGACGGCAGUGGCCCUCACGGACUGUGGAGGCAGGAACCGAGCAGUAAAGCUGGACCUCCUUCUAAAAGUGACACGAAGCGAGCAGCGUAACCAGAAAGUUCAUCGCAGUAAUCAGUCUGUACCUCUGCCUCACUAAUAGCUGCUGACGUGGUGCUACAUGUCCUCUUUAUGGUGCGACUGACAUUUGAAACAUGGCUACUGAAUGUGCUCAUGGUGAACCCAAACAUUGUUUACAUUUACUUAUCAAAAGGGCCCUUGUGUGAAAGCACUUAAUGUAAGACUUGUAAGGAGUUUUUAUUAUAUUCAGUGAUGAAACUGGGAAUUUGUGGCAAUCCUUGGAGUUUUAAAAAGCACUUUUUUGGUUAUACACAGUGUCUAUUGCACUGAACAGAAGGAGUAAAGGGGCUGGUUAAUUGUGCACUUACUUACUGGGGAAACAAAAUGGCAGUAACGUAUUUUUAGUUGGAUGCAAACCUCGUUUAGAACAAUGGCUUUGUCGGUAAAAUUCACUGUUUGUACAGAACUGUACAUCUGUGCAAAUUGCUUUUGUCUGAUUUUGAUACCAUAAAUACCACCCUUUGUUUGAUCAUUUUCGAUUAGAUUGCAUAUUUAUAUGAAACCUGGGAUUUUUUUCAGAUGAUGGCGUGACUCCCGGAUAAUCCACUGUGGAAAAUAAAGCUUACUUUCUAAUUUUU